UUCACUCAGAUCCUCUUAAAAUCUUCCACUCCCAAUUUUCUCCGUGCACAUUCUCUCAAUUUCUUGCAUAAACACAAGGCCCAGAAAUCAUAAUUCUCAAGAAAAUAAUAAAAGGCAGACACAAAAAUGUUCGGAGUAGUUUUUCCAAAUCGCAGCUUUCCCCUAGACAUCUCCACCUUCACCCAAAUCGAUACCUUCCACUGGGUCUUGGACAUGAAUCACUUCGUCGGUGAGGAGUAUGAUUCAAUCCGAGAAGUCUGCAUAUUUUUGCUUAACAAUUUCACGCUCCCACCCGACAAGGCCUUGGCCGUCUACAUCCAGUCUCCAGGCAGCCCUUUUUCGUUUUGUGGGGCGGUAACGGUUUCGCGUCCCUCCGCGGUUCUAUCACUGCCGUGGCCGGAAACUGGUAGCAACGGUUCCCAGCUGCAGCUAACGGCGCCUGAUGUUUCGCCGCUAUCUGCCAAGAUUGGGGUGUCGGUGGAGGACUUGGCAGCCCUUCCAUCUCUUGACGUGGCGGCUGAGAGGAAGAUUGAGCGGCUGGCCUUGAAAGUGGGGGAAAAUCUGUUCAAUUUUAUGCAGUCGUUUUGCGGGGUCGAUGGGUCGAAGCUGGUGGUGCCUAUGGAUAUUUUGGACCGAUGGUUCAAGAAGUUCCAAGAGAGAGCCAAGCGUGACCCUGAAUAUUUGAAGGGUUUUGCUUUGUAGAGCUAUAUGUGAAUAGUUAUUUGUGCGUAUUAUGAUAUUGCUAGAUGUGUAUUUGAAGAUUGAAUUCAGCCUCUACACAUUAUUGCUGCUGGUUUCAUAUCAUAUAUUUGGAGUUCCAGAGCUUACAAUUAUUAUUAGGCUGGUGCAUUUGGUGCAUGUGUUUUGCUGAGGGUCUACCAAUUUUCUAUUACUCGGACGCUAACAUGAACUUGAUUCUCACUUUGUGCCUUGACAUUUGUUGUUGCUCACACAGUUUACCGGUCUGACAAAAUUCUUCCAAACCUUUACAAACAGAGAAAGAUUGAUACCUCAGGGCGUCCUCAAGGCCUUCCUCUCCAGUUGAAAACAUUGCUACCAAUGGCUCUUAUCUUGUGACUUGAAAGAAAGGUUUCUCCGUAGAGGAAGGGAAUAACAAUUUAUUCCCAUAGAAAAU